AUGGCAGAGCAGCCCUUUGGGGAUGUGGCCGUGAUUCUAGCACCUGCCCGCCUCCUGUGCCUGGCCCGGCUCUUCACGUUCACCCUGCCCGCUCUUUCCUCUUCCCUGCCAGGGCCACUGCCCUUGCCGUUGCCCUUGCUGGGAAUACUGUCCCCAAGACUCUCACGCCUCCUCCUUUCCUUUGCUCAGUGCGCAGCGCCCCCCGAAGGCCACAUCCCUCCAGACCUGGUCUUCACCCUCUGCUGUCGCAGCCUCGGUGCCUGGUACACACCUGCCCCUGGUCGAGCAUGUGGACACCUUCGGGAGUCGAUCCAGGGUCUUUCUCUGCCCUCUGUCCCCCGGGUGGUCUUGUUCUCAGCUGUGGCUUUGGUGGCCUCUUCUGAGAAGGGGAUGUGCGGUGAGGACUCCACCCACGGUCCCUCGAGUUCCCGGGAGCUUCACAAUGUCCCCAGACGGGUGGCUUUGCCCUCACCAUCAUCCUCAGCUGGGGGGGCCAGUGGAUGUUCUGUCCCUGGACCUGGUUUCCAUGUCUCAGACCUUGCCCCACCAUGGAAAGCCCUCACCUACCCCAAAGGCGCUGGAGAGAUGUUCGAAGAUGCAAGAUUCCUCCGUGAAUCUGUUUUCAGCUAUCGCGUGGCACCCACGCUUAAUACAGUGAAACGUGCUCAGGAGGCUGUGCGCGUGGAAAAGCCAGCUGGCUUGGGAGAAGGGCUGGAGGUUUCAACUGUCGAGCAGCUGCUGGGGGCCACACCCUCUUCAGGCCGAGGCUGCCCGGUGGCCACCUCUGGGGCACAGCAGGUGCAGAGCCAGCGAGGGACGUCCUCGCAGCUGACACAGCCACCAGGAAGUCACAGCCACAGUGUGGACGUGUUCGCUCACAUCCAGACUUGGUUUCUCUCUGUCUGUUCACAGGCAACAGACACUUAA